UUUUUUUAUUAUUAUUAUUUUUAAGAUUUAUUCACUUUACUAUUAUAUUUUUUUUUAAUAUUUUAAACUUUAUUAAUUUUUCUUCGUUUUAUUAGUUUUUCUUUUAUAGUUAGGAUAUGUGUAGGGAUUGGUGGGAUGAAUUGAUGCACAAUAUCUCUCUAAUAAAAACUACAAUGUGUAUAGAAGUUACCAUUUAUUUAUAAAUAUUUCUGAUUAGUUAGAGAAAUAUCCAUCCAUAUAUCUCAAUUAUUCGGGAUAAAAUCAAUCUGAAGCCUCUAAAAAUAAGCACUCACAUUGUCGUCAAAUUAUUUCUCGUAUGAGACAGAGAAAAUAGUGCAAAAUGAAGGUUAACAAUGGCCGUGCUCAAAUGUUUUAUCUUGACCAAACCUUUAACAAUGGCCGCGCUCCUGUUUAGUUGAUAAAGGAGAAUUUUGUGGAUAUUUGGAUUAUUAUAAUUCAAGUCGUCGUCAAGUCCAGCCGUGCGGGUUGGAGUUUCGAGUCGAAGUAUUCCGAUGGAUUUUUGAAAUCCACCGGACUCUAGACACAAGGACAAAACCGGAAAAGCCGAGCAUUAUAUAACCGCAACAAGAGCUUCUUCACGGAAUCAAGUAUCAGACGGUACAUUUACCGACUGGUAUUCAAACUCGACAAGCCUUCAAAGUAGCACAAACUGGUAGUGACGAUGAAGAGUACUCAUGUCGACCGAUCCAAACACGGGGGAUUACUUGAGUUCAUCAACAAGUACAAUAUGGAGCGAAAACGAAACUUCCUCUAAAUCUUAUGAACCGAUUUCGAGAGCUAGCAGUAUUAUUAGCAAAUGCUACUCAUCAAACUCCGAUUUGCGUGCAAGUUCGAGUUACUCGUCAGCAUCGAACAACAACAGAGGUAAUAAAGGAAAAACCUGUAAGAAACGAGUCGGGAUAUGGAAGAGAGUGAAAGAUAAAGUGGCAAUCAUUUUUCACCACCAUCACCAUCACCACCACCACAAAGGUAAAGCCGAUAUAUUCGAGAGGCAAGAUGAUGAGGUGGCGUAUGGAGAAAAUGCGGUUGAGAAGGUGAAGAAGUCUAUUGUUCGCCAAAAGUUUCAGCCGAGACAUUUUCACGGGCUCAUCAAAGGUCUCUUUAGGCAUCAUGAUGAUAGGCACCGCACAGACUAUUAUAUGGCUAAUAGCAUUUUUCGAUGAAUUUUUGUGAUUUGCAGAGUAAGAUGGGUGAAAUGUCGGGGUUUCAAUUAGGUGUGAUUGGUGUGUUGUUCCUUUCAGUGGCCUCAUCGGUCUCCAUUGUCAUCUGCAAGACUGCAACAAGGCCUUGAUGAGUAAUCUUGGUUUUCCCUUUGGUAAUUAAGAAUUUCUUUUAUAAUGUUUAUUCCCUUUUUCAAAUUAGCCUGAACUUCUGGGACAACAUAUAACAUAGUAUUCACUUUCAAUAUUUACGAUAAGCUUCAAAAACUAUCAAAUGAACUAAUGCAAUUUUUAUUUUUUUAUUCGAUCUGCAUUGAUUUAAUAAAAUCAUAAUAUAAUGACAACGUGGUACUCACUAGUUGGCACCUAAUGGUAACAUACUGCAGUCUUCAUGUUGCUUUACGUUUGAAAUUCUUCGAAAACAUGACGGUCGAUAUGAAGACCGUGAUGCUUUUCGGUAUCUUAAAUGGUGUUUCGAUUGGAUUUUUAAAUCUCAGCUUGGGAUUUAACUCCAUUGGCUUCUAUCAGAUGACAAAACUUGCAAUCAAACCCUUCACUGUCCUCCAGAAAAUUAAGUUCUCUCUAUCAAUCUUGCUACUCGGUGUCGGCAUUGCAUCCGUGACCGAUCUCCAGCUCAACAUCGUUGGCUCGGUUCUCUCCCUUUUAGCCAUUAUAACAACUUGCAUCGGCCAAAUCGUAGCUGACAAACACGAUACAAAAGAGACUAAACGUGUCUUCGACCCAAUUACCGUAUCAAUUGGUCCCAUUUCAAGCGGCGAUUCUUUUCGUGUGGUCCCUUUCUUAGACCAAUGCCUCACCAAACAGAAUGUCUUUGCCUUCACAUACUCUCCCAUUGGAUUCAUAUUGCUCUCGUGCAUUAUUGCCGUGUUUGUGAACUUCAGCACAUUCUUGGUAAUCGGCAAGACAUCGCCUGUUACUUAUCAAGCCAUCUUAAAACGUGUCUCGUUCUUGCCUUUGGCUACACGCUACUGCACGACCCUUUUACUGCAAGGAACAUUAUCGGAUUCUCAUCGCCAUUAUAGGCAUGGGUUAAAGAGAAGAAUACCACACCUCUUCUGGUGAGCCAUCAGGAUAAAGAAUCCAAGGCCUCAGUGCUUGUUUAAGUUAGAUAUUGGUGUUUGAUUAGUACUAUUUCAUUUGCUUCUUUUUUUUUUAAUUUUUUUUUUCCCAUUGUAAGAGGCCUAAGGAGUGUAAUGCAAUUUAUUCUUUUAAUUAAUAAAUCUCUCAUGGACAUUUCCAAGUUGGCACAGAAGAGGAAGAAAAAGAGUGAAUAUUGAAAUUCAGGGGAAUCAUGUUUUCACCAUUAAGCCAAAUUAGAAGUCUUAUUAAAUUUUAGAUUUGAUCUAUAGAUGUGAUCUGAAUACAGCAAGUUUUUGCUUCCAG